ACGUGCUUGACUCGUAAGCGCGGUGUUCGGUCCAUUUAACAGUAAAACACAGACAACCAACAGCAGCACCAGUUACAGUUGAAGUUAAACAGAGUCGCGCGCUCACCCCCCCCACUCCAAACCACGACGCUUACUGCACACUGCACACAAUUGAAAAGCGAGGCCUAAGAAAACACAAACAAAAUUGUCUCAGUUAGUAGCAUAAUUAAAUUGUCGACUCUUUAGCGUGUUGUGACUUUGUGUAUGUGUGUGCUCUGCCCCUUUGCUUCCCUCCUUGCACAGUCGAAUAAACAAAGCAACAAGGAUAAACUUAUGCGUUAAAAUCUGGCAUUUGUUGUUGUAAAAUUGUAAAAAGCGUGCCUACAUAUAUCAAUUUUUUUGUUAUUUUUUUAUUGUGUGUGCAUCAGCAUCAAAACGUUCAGAUUCAAAAGUCCUGGAUUAUUUUGAAUUGAAAACGUCAAAGAUAGAAGAGGAGAUAAAAACACAUUACAAAUCAAAAGGUUCAAUGCAAGGUCAAUAAUAGGCUGUGUGUUAAAGAAGUAUUAAGAGGAAAUCGUGCAUAACGGUAAACAUUGCAAUAACUUAUACAAUAAUAAUAAUAACAACACGCUACAAAUGCUACAAUUACAACAACAACAGCAAGAAACAUAACGGAACAGCGCCAAGUGAAAUCUCACGCAAAAAAAAGAAGAAAAACCCCAAACCAAACUAACAGCAGCAGCAGCCAAAGCCAAACGUAAAAAGAGGGGCCAGCAACCAGACGCCCUCUGCCAGCGUCGACGUAGUCGCAGUCGUCGCGUGCCUACCACCGCAUAACUGUGUGUGCGUGCGUGUGUGUCAAGAGAGUGAGAGAGAAAAGGAGAGAGGAAGAGCAACACUUGCAAGACUUUAUAAUGCAAAAAAUUGCCUCCUAACGCAAAAGAAAAAGAAAACCAAAUAAAAAAUUAAAAAACGCCACAACAAGAAAUCAAUUAAAGAAAAUCAACUCGCACUUCGAUAUAUAGAUAUAUGUACAUAUAUACAUGCACACGCACACACACACUAAGAGAGCAGGAGAUAGAGAUAUAAUCAUAUGAACAAUUAGUGCUGGUGGUUUACCUUGUCAGCAUAGAGUUGAAGAAUUUCGGCGUUUGCUUUUCCUUUUGCUUUUUGUGGCUGCAGCAACACAAACGACAAUACCAACAACAACAACAACAAGCAUAUAAUAAUAACAGCCGGUCGCGCAAUGACCUUGCCAACCACAAGCUCUGCAAAUGGUGGCGCCGGCGGCGGCAGCAGCAGCAGCAGUGACGAUGACUCGGACAUGUUUGGCCCACCACGCUGCUCACCCCCCAUUGGCUAUCAUCAUCAUCGCUCACGCGUGCCAAUGAUCACGCCCAAGCUGCGGCAGCGGGAGGAGCGCAAACGCAUCCUCCAGCUCUGCGCCCACAAGCUAGAACGCAUCAAGGACUCUGAGGCAAACCUCAGACGCAGCGUCUGCAUCAACAAUACUUAUUGCCGACUUACCGACGAGCUGAGGCGUGAGAAGCAAAUGCGUUACCUACAGAAUCUGCCCAAAACCGAUAACACCGGCACUGAACUGGCCCGUGAGAACAUCUUUCAACACAAUCUGGACGAUGCCAAGCCCGCGAACAAAGCAACCUAUGGUGAUGGCAGCGGCAAUGCCAAUCCGAAUUCCGCCACCUCUGCCAAUGCCGCCACACGCACCAUUUGCUCCAUCGAGAAUCAACCGCAGCUCGUCAUUGGUAUGACGCGUCAUGCCAACAACAACAACAACAGCAGCAACAAUAUUAAUAAUAUUAACAACCACUCGCCCGCCGCCACCGCCAACAACAACAACGCCAGCACAGCCAAUGGACCGAACAAUGCCGUCGUCGCCCCCGUCGCCCCACGCAAGCGUCAUCUCUCGAGCAGCAAUCUGGUCAACGAUCUGGAAAUACUCGAUCGGGAACUGAGCGCCAUCAACGCGCCGAUGCCACUGAUCGAUCCGGAGAUAACGCAGGGCGCCGAACAGCUGGAGGCGGCUCUCUCAUCCCGCAAGCGACUGCGCAGCAAUAGCGAGGAUGAGAGCGAUCGCUUGGUGCGAGAGGCGCUCUCCCAGUACUACAUACCGCCGCAGCGCUUCAUUUCGGCCAUCGAGGACUGUCCCCUCGAUGUGGUCGGCCUGGGAGUGGGUAUGGGCAUGGGUGUUGGCGUUGGCGUUGGAUUGGGUGUGGGUGUGUGUGCGGGCGCUGGCGCCGGUUCCGUUAUCAGCAGCAGCAACAACAACAACAGCGGCGGCGGCUGCAACGAUCACGGCCCGAAUGGCAAGCGAGCCAAACUGGGCGGCAGCAGCGAUCAUCUGGAGCUGGUCGACUUCGAUAUGAAUCAGAAUCAAAAGGACUUUGAGGUCAUUAUGGAUGCACUGCGUCUGGGUACGCCCAGUCCGACAAGUGCCAGCGAUUCGUGCGGCCAAGCGGCAAUGAUGAGCGAAUCGGCGAGCGUUUUCCACAACCUUGUCGUCACAUCGUUGGAAACAUGAAAGUAUCAAUAGGCCCAUCCGCAUCCGCAUCCGCAUGGGAACUAUUCUACUAAUCUAUCUACACAAAGAGCAGGCAUACAUAUAGUAGUAAUGGUAGUACAUACAUAGGAAAUAUUAUACCUACAUACAUACAUACAUCAUACAUACAUAUACAUACAUACUAUAUCUAGAAUCUAGUGAAUUAAGUUGAAGCCAGCAAUGUCGCUCCAAAUCGUCGGAGAUGGUACUUUUUUUUUUAAGAAAUGCUUUUGCCAAAAACUGUCCUCUCGACCGACAUUGGAGACGUUUGUACAAAAAAAAAAACAAACAAAAAAAUCACUAUUUUUUGCAAUUAGCAACAUAAGGCGGAACAACAGCAACAGCAGUAAGAGCAACAAAAAGAAAAAAUACAACAAAAAUCAAAGAAUUUGUAGUCAAAAAAAAAGUAUGAGACAAAAGAGGAGCAAACAAACUUUCUAAAGGAGUUAUAGAAGGAGAGGAAGAAGAAGAAGCAAACAGAUGAUAACACUAACUAUGCCUAUGCAAUAUUACUAUCCAAAACUAUGCAGGACACACACUAUGUACAUAUAUAUACAUAUAAAAUACCUAUGUAAGUAAUGUGUCUGAGAAAGUUUUUUAUUUUAGUUAUUUUUUUUUUUUUGAAAUCCCAUUUAUUUCGCCUUUCUGAAUAUGUCUCUGGCCGUGGGCUAGUUGGCAAACACACCUCCCUCCCUCCCGUACACAGAACCGUGAUAAAAACUAAAUAAAUUGCAAAUAUACUCGCAUACAUACGAUUUAUAUUCCAAGCUAGCUUUCCCCCAAAAAUUGAAAGAGAGAACCGAACUUAAUCUCAAUUUUUAGUUUUAUUUUUUUAUUACAGUAUUGAAUUGAAGUCUCGAGAAAGCAUGAGCUUAAGUUAAAUAGAAAAUUUGUUUCGAUCAAUUUAAUCAGCAAGGGAAAAUCGAACUUAAUUGCAAUUUCUCCUCUAUGAGGGAGGCAAGACUCUUUUAUACAAGGUUAUAUAUAU